AUGCGCUCGCAGAUUGCAUGCACCAGAUGUCGCCGAAGCAAGACCAAGUGCGAAAACACCGGUCAGGGCACGACGUGCAAGGCUUGCGCGAAUACCAACCGCGACUGUACCUGGGACCACGCGGCUGUCGCAAGCAGCACAGGAUCUGUGCGCCGCGAUAGCACGGCCGAUUUUGAUGCCCCGCCCAAGAAGCGACGCAAGUUGCUAGCACCAACGUCGACUACAGCGCAACGCUCGGUAGAAGGCUUGGGCUCGCCUGAAGAUGCUCUUCAAUCACCAUUGCUUACUUCCCAGGUCUGGGAAGAGUUGUUUGACAUCUAUGAGAAGCAUUUCUCUACCGACUUCCCCUUCUUGCAUAAGCGAACUUUCCUCAGCUCUGUGCGGCCGCCGCCUUCAUCUGGCAGCUCAUCUGAAGUUAAGACUCCGACUCAAGCUCCAACGCCGCGCGUGUAUGCGCCUUUGCUCUUAGCCUUCCUUACCCAGACUGCUCGUUUCCAUGACAAGCUCGUAGCGCAAAUGGGUAAUGACCCGAUCAGGGUUGCCGAAUUCUACGCAUCGGCGACUCGCACGCAGAUGGGAACGGAUAUCAUUGGGUCCCCGAAUGUGGAAAAGAUCCAAACACUCCUCAUGUUGGGGUAUUAUGAAUGGACCAAUUUGCAAGGUACUGAGGGCUGGAUGAAGGUCGGGAUUGCUAUCAGAGCUGCCAUAUGCCUUGGGUACCCGCACCUGGAUGUCGAUGAAAGCGGACUACCUGCACCACUGAAAGACUGUGAAAAGGGCCUUUCGGAAAAGGACCAAUUCAUACUUCGCGAGACUCAGCGGCGUACCUUUUGGAGCUGCGUCCUCAUGGACUGCUAUCUGAGUUGGGGGGAGGAUCGGCCGAGGAUGCUUACGCCCGAUCAACUUCAAAGAACUCAACUUGUCUGUAGCGAUGGCGCGUUCAAUUUUGGAAAAAGAGCAAGGACAAGGCUUCUGGGUGAAGACGAUGCGAUGUAUACUGCGCGGAGGAAACGAUGGAACAAACAUGCUGAGGAGCGCCGUAAUGACCACGACGGAGCAGAUCGAGCCAGCGCCCUGGACGGGGGAAGGUGGGAAGUUGCUGAGGGGGAGGCAGAACUAACAUGGUACAUCAAAGUCGUUGUGAUCUUCGGAGAGGUCUCACAAUGGUCCUGUAAACGUGGCAGAAGACAAGAAGGCAAGAAUCCACCGUGGUGCGCAACGACUGGCUUCAAGAAAUUGGAGGACAAACUCAAGCAGUUGAAGCGCGACCUUCCUGAUCACCUUCAGCUGACCUCGGACAACAACGACGACCGUAGCUACAACUCGCCCGGCAAAUACGUUGCGAUACAUGCAAUGUACACAUUGUGUUUUGUGUGGUUGUACAGAGAGUACAUGCCCACAUCACCAUGGACGUUGACGUAUCCCCGCGGCCCGUUGGAUGAGCCACUAAUUGAUGAGAAACCCCCUGACCCUGACUACUGGAUCAAGCAAGCCAAAGACUGUUGGAAAGCCUGCCUCGACUUCACAACACUACUUCAUACCAUCGAGAACUCACAAGUUCAUAGCAAUCUAGUACAAACGCCAACGGUAGCUUUCUCUUGUUUUGCCGUUGGAAUAGGCACCAUCUACUGCCACUACUUUCCUCACAUGGACCCGGACGACGCCCUCUCAUCUCGUAAAGACCCUAGAGCCCAUGAUAUCGCAAACGGCUUCCUACUACGCAUUCUGAGUCGCUUCAAGAUGGCCCGCUCGUGGCUAAGUCAACUUGCAGAAUGGCAACGAUACUACCGUCGUGAGAGAAAGAAGUACCGAGAGCUAAGCGGCCAGAUCGAUGAUUCUCCAAAGAGCAACUCCAGCGAUGGCGUCGCUAGCGGUGGGCUGAAAGACUAUGCACAGCUCUUCGAAAGAACGCAUAAGCAGUUCGGUGACAUUGCUAACGCUAACGACAACGACGGACAAUGGCCCGACAGGGAUAAGGACCUCGCGGAUACGAGACUGCCACAUGACGAAGACUCCGCAGAGCGCACUUUGCCUACCAGCACCGCGUCAGUCAAGCAUGAGAUGCAAGGCGCGCCGGAGGAAAAGUCCAGUAACCAGUCCGGCUUCACUGCUGUCAACCACAAUGGUCAACAAACACCUCCAGCUCCUCCUCCAGUCACCCAACCAUCAACCUACGCGCAUGGGGGCCGUACGCCUUCUUACGACCAAAACCCUCACAUGCGCCCCGGCGUACAGACUUCACCACAACAAACUUACCCAGCAUACGCGUAUCCCAAUACUCAGCAUCCCCUGAGAAGUCCUUUCCAGCAGUCUGAUCCCCACCAAUCGCCUGUGUCAGCCCCCGCAUCUGUCCCGAUACACGGCGUCUAUCAACCAUGGCCACAGGCACGACCACAAGAGAUACAGGAGCAGAAAGUGAACAUGGAGAUUUGCGGCGCUGCUACUUUCCCCAAUGGCUGGGCGGGCGAUGUCAUGAUUGGUGAUAGUGCUCAGGAUUUCAACAAUUGGGGGCAAUAUGGCUUUCCGACUAUCCCGGAUAACUCCGGGUAUUAUCAGUCUGGGUAUUCGUAUCCGCCGCAGUAG